GUGAUAUUUAAAUUAUCACCUUAUUAUAACACAUUUUUCAUCAAUUACAUAUUUAUCAAUUAACUUGAGCUAAUUGUUAACAUCUAACAUAACUUUAUCCGAUUAAAAUAAAAGUAAUAAAAAAAAUUACUUGAGCUAAUGUAAUAAAAUUAUAGUCAAUUUAUAUUUUCAAUAUUAAAAAAAUCUUUCUGUAGUAAUGCACUAAUCACUAAUGCUAUGAAAUUUUAUUAUUCUACCAUUUACAAAGCCACGCACCGCCCUUUCCAUCAAGAAGAAGUUGAGCUGAAUCUCGCCGGAGAUGGGUUAGAUCUUUCUUGGCUCCGCCGCUUCUUCUUUACAACUGAAUGCCGGCAAUAAAAUGCUCGCAAAGGUACCCACUGGUCUCCCGUUACAUUUGAAUGCCAAAUUCAUAAAGAAAUUUCUCAACUUGGGAGAUUUAGCGCGUGCACGCCAACUGUUCGACGGAAUAUCCGAACCAGACGUGCAGUCAUGGACUAUAUUGAUUUCAGCUUAUACCAAGACUGGCCGAAGUAGAGACGCGAUUAAGCUUUACACUGAAGUGAAAAACAGGGGAAAGAUAAAUCUAGAUGAGUUUGUUAUCUUAGCUGCUGCCAAAGCUUGUGCGGUUUCAGGGGAUUUGGCGAAGGCAAAAGAAGUCCACUUUGAUGCUUUGAACUACAAGUUUAGUUCGGAUUUGCUUAUUGGGAAUGCUCUGAUUGAUAUGUAUGGGAAAUGCAAGUACUUUAAGGGCGGGGAGCAAGUGUUUAGAGAUUUGAGGAUCAAGGAUGUCAUCACUUGGACAUCAUUUUGCUCGUGUUGCGUCAACUGCGGGCUUCCAGAGGCGGCGCUUCGUGCUUUUCGCGAUAUGGUUGUGAGUGGAGUUAGGCCGAAUGCAAUGACAUUGUCCUCGGUGGUUCCUGCUUGCUCCCGCUUGAAGUGUUUGCAUUCGGGGCGCGAGAUGCAUGGUUUUGCCCUCAAGAAUGGGAUGGGGGAGAAUCAGUUUGUGAGUAGUGCUCUUGUGGAUAUGUAUUCGAGUUGCUCGAGCAUCAAGCACGCUCAAUCAGUGUUCGCUAACAUGCCACGGCCUGAUGUUGCGUCGUGGAAUGCAAUCAUCUCAGCAUAUUUUGCAAACGGUGAGGGUGAGAGAGCACUUGAUACAUUUCAACACAUGAGAAGUCGAGGAGUCAAGUUGGAUCGUGUUUCCUGGAACUCCAUCGUUUCUGGUUGUGCUGAUAAUGGAAAAGCACGAGAAGCGCUGGAGUUGCUUAGAGAUAUGCAACGAGUAGGGUGCAAGCCUAAUCAGAUCACAGUUACGAGUGCUUUGACUGCUUGUACUGUUUUAGAAGCAUGGAGAGGAGGGAACGAGGUCCAUGCGUAUAUAACUAGACAUUGUUUAAUGGAGGAUCUGGCAGCCACUACUGCUCUAGUGCUGAUAUAUGCCAAGGCUGGCGAUGUAGAAGCCUCCAACCGGCUUUUCAGAAUGAUGCCAUUGCGAGAUACUGUUGCGUGGAACACAAUUAUCAUUGCAAACUCAAUGCACGGGAGAGGGGAGAAAGCUGUAUCACUGUUUAAUGAGAUGGUGGGCUCAGGAGUAAAGCCAAACUCUGUUACUUUCACAGGUGUUCUAUCCGGUUGCAGCCACGCGCAGAUGGUGGAUGAGGGGCUAUCGAUUUUUGAUUCAAUGAUGAAGGACCAUGAAGUUGAACCUGAUGCAGAGCACUAUUCUUGCGUGGUUGAUGUUCUUAGCCGUGGUGGUCGCUUAGCUCAGGCGCAUAACUUCAUCCAACAGAUGUCAUCAGAACCAAGUGCAGCCGCGUGGGGAGCUUUGCUUGGAGCAUGCCGGACGUACAAGAAUGUUGAACUAGGGCGUCUUGCUGCUCGCAGACUGUUUGAGAUAGAACCAAACAACCCCGGAAAUUAUGUGUUACUCUUUAACAUCCUUGCAGCUGCUAAACAGUGGGGUGAAGCCUCCGAGGUUAGGAGAUUGAUGAGAGACAGAGGAAUCAGGAAAAUGCCCGGUUGCAGCUGGAUUCGAGUGAACAAUAGGGUGCACACGUUUGUUGUUGGUGAUAAAGACAACGAUAUGAGCAGCGAGAUGUAUAAAUUUUUAGACGAAGUACGCGUGAAAAUGAAGUUGGCAGGAUUAUAUCCUGAUAUGGAAUUCGUGCUACAAGAUUUGGAUGGAGAGGAGCAGGAGGAUAGUUUGUGCAAUCAUAGCGAGAAGCUGGCCGUUGCUUUCGGGAUACUCAGUUUGAGAGGUGAAUCAUCCAUUAGGGUCUUCAAGAACCUGAGGAUAUGUGGUGACUGUCAUAACACCAUCAAGUUCAUAGCGAAAUUCGCAGGUAUACGAAUCGUCGUAAGGGAUUCCUUGAGGUUUCACCAUUUUGAAGAGGGCUUGUGUUCCUGUAGAGAUUUUUGGUAAAGAUUGAUUGAAGAGAAGUUUGAGAGUUUUGGUCUUGUCUUGUGGAAUUUUUUGCUCUUUCAAGUAUGCAAUUGCAGAAGGGAAGAAGUGAGGAGGAGAAAGUGCUUAAGUGUGAAUGCAAAUAAUCAUCAAAGAAGCUAGCAAAUGCUUCAUCUGAUGCUGAUAACUUUGUUCAUUCUCUCAUCUUAAUUUAUAUCUAACAUUGCAAUGUUGUGUUGUAUGAAUAGUGCUUCUGAUUUUAGUUGAGAAUGCUGCAAAAUGAUUUCCCAGUUGCUGUGGUUAUUUGCAGUGAUUCUGAAUCCCCGUAACCAUGUUCGUGCACUGCACGGGAGGAUGUACUAGUAAUAAUUUAUAGUAAUAAAGAAAUGCAUUAUUUAAAA